AUGGGCGACGCCGACCUGGACGACUCACAACUACUGGGACCGAGGGAGCGGCUAGCGGAGAACAUCAGAGUGCUGAGAGGGAGAUUGGAAGAGAGGGCGACGGGGCCUGGGGGCCAAGUGCUGCCCGAGUGGAUCACUUAUGUCCCAUACGAGACGACCAUAGACGGCGUGCCCAUCACCACUGGCAGCCUCGUCGAGCUUCCUCUCACUUACUAUGGCCCUUCUAUACCACUGGCGCAGGGCUGGACAUAUGGCGGAUCCACUUCGCCCGCUUCGACCGCUUCAUCUGCUUCAGCCACCUCGGGGCAAGAGUCUUUGGGGAGCUCGAGCUCGUCAGCCACAACUAGUUCACGGUCCUCGGCGAGGCCGUCUCGAUCCUCCGACCGAUCGCGCUCGAGGAGUAAUACUCGCACGAGCACUGCGAGCGAGGCAACGACGUCGGUGACUAGCGCUACGGAUUCGGCUAGUACGAGCCUGGCGAGAUCCUCAUCGGGAUCGGUCGUAUCCAGCUCUAGCUCCAGUCCUAGCUCUAGCUCUGCCACUCUUUCAUCGAGCUUAUCUAGUUUGACAACUCAAAGCUCGGUCAAUUCAACCUUCCCAACUGCCACCUCCACCUCCACCCUCGGCGCUGCCCCAACUUCGUCCCAUCGUCACCUACUAGCCCCUCUUCUCGCCACUCUUAUUCCCUUCGGCCUCGCCCUCCUGGCCCUCCUCAUUCUUCUCUACCUCUGGCGAAGAAAACGGCCGAAUAAGGAUGUUGGCUUCUUCCCAUGGCUGUUCACGCCGAAAGAGUGGGCGGCUGUCCCUGUCGUCACCUCCGACAAGCCAAGUGAGAAAAGGAAGGAAGGACCCCCAGCUGCAGUCCCCGCAGGACUACGCUCCCCAGACGAAAAGAGCGCCCUUCUCCCCGAUUUCAUCGCCCAACACCCCCGAAACUCGUCUUCCAUCUCCACCAUCGCCCCUCUCCCUCUUCCCAGACCAUCCACCUCUGCUGGCGAACACGACCCCGAGAUGAAAGACCUCGUGCAGCAAAACCAAUCUCUCCUGCAUCGUCUCACUCUCGGGCUGGGGUGGGCGCCUACGCCGUCGCAGAGACAUUCUGGGUCUUUUGAAGGGGUGAGACGGACGAGUGGAAAUACCGCCGAACGCGGGGAGAAUCCGAGCUCAGGAGUGGGCAUGGGAGGACGAAUGGUCUCUGGCGCUAUGGCAGGAGCCCUAGCUGCCGCCGGCGUCUUUGGCGUACGCAAAGAACGGUCAGCAGCGGGCUUGACCACGAGUUCAAGCGGGAAUGAGACGUCGGGGACGGGACAAAAGUAUGAGAGGGUGUUGGAUGAGGAUCAGCUGUUUUAUCGCGUGCCGCCGCAGACUUCGUCGUCGAAAGGGUCAAAUAACGAUUCGAGCUCGAGGUCUAGGCCGUCUACGGGGGGUGGGCGGUGGAAUAGGCAGCAGCCUGCUUUGCCGGAAGGUAGUUCCUCAGGGCACGAGACCCGGCCGAGUAUGACGUUCUCUGUCUCCGUGCCAGAGACGCCUGGGAGCAGACAUCUAUCGGAGCGAGAUAUGGACGUCGCCGAAUUUGGCCGCAACAUUCCCAUACCCCAAAUCUCGCCCAGCAAAGUCCGUCCAGUCAGCGGUGAACGCGAACAUAUGCGGUUCCCCAUCCCCCCCGGCUUGGCUUUUGCUCUGAAAAAACAGCCGAGGAGCAAAUCGUCUUUUGCAGAUGUGGGGAAAGACAAAGACAAGGAUUCGCGGACGAGUACUGAAACGUUCUAUUCUGCUCUGACUGGACGGGAACCGCCUGCCUACUCGCCCGAAUCGCCCCCCCGACCUCAAGGAUCGCCGAUCCAUCGGGAUAAUGAAGAUUACCGCCAUGCCAGUGUCUCGGUCUUUGGCAGCGUCCCAGCGACACCCGUACCGGCAGAGUGGGAAGGUACAGGGUCAUCGCAAUCCCAUACCGGCCAGUCCGACUCUCAAACUGGGCCCUUAUCACGAGAAACGUCUCCGCAUAAGAGUUUGUACGCCCCCUCGCCCGUAUCGCCAGCUUUGAUCUCGACGGCAAGGAGGUCUCAAGUCACGCCGGUGGGGGAUGAUGCGAUAAGGCCGAUGAGGCGGUUGUUUGGGCUGUCGCCUACGCCGAGGAGUAGUACGGAUUCGCGAGAACCUGUUUCCGCCAGAGGGGCAGAAGAAGGGGAGGGGGAUGAUAGUUGGAAAGGGGAGCCGCUGAUUGAUGAGAGGGAUUUGAGUACUAGUGGGGAUGGUGCUGGUGCGAGGGGAAGGGAGAGGGAGAGAGGGAGGAGGAGGAUGGUUGGGGAGUUUGGGCAAGGGUUGAAGAGCGUUCCUUUGGCCGGAGCAUCGAGGACACAGCAAGCACCUCUCCCGCACUCUCAUCAAGGUUCAAUCCACUCCUCCAACCUCUCUUCCAACCCCACCUCUCUCUCCCCAGCUUAUCCCACAACGUCAUCAUAUCAACCUUCUCCUCUUUCUCCCCUCGCGCCGAAAUCACCGCACUCGAUGAAAUCACACUCUUCCCUCGCGCAUUCACUUUCGAUAACGUCAACGUCGGCAUCGGUCUCGGCGUCGGGGUCGAGCAGUGGGCAUUCGGUGACGCAUAGUACGCAGGGACAGGGGGUGAGGGGGAAGAGGAGUGCGGCGUUGUUGGUUCCUGCUGGGGCUGUUGCUGUCAUUGCAGGAGGUGGGGGUGUACCGCCUGUCCCACCUGUCCCUGCUCCUGCUCCGGUGCCUAUGGUCGUACCAGCACAAGAAUAUAACGAGAAGGAGAAGGAAAAGCCGAUAGAGGAGGUGGAAGAAAAGCAGGAAUUGUUGGAAAAGACGCCCAAAAAGGAGAAGGAGGCAAAGACAAAGAGAUGGUCGCCUCCGAAACCUGUUGGUCCGCGGCCUGCUAGUGGGGAGAAGGCGACGAUAUGGGGUGGUUUGAAGAGAUGA